AUGAAAAACGACAGCCAACAACAUAAAGUUGUUUGGUCUUCUGAAAAUGUAACACAGUGGCUAAUAUCAAAUGGGUGGGGUUCAGUAGUGGAUACAUUUAAUGAUUAUAACAUUCAUUAUGAUCGUUUUCUAAAUUUAAGCGAGGAAAAUGUGAAUGAAUUGCUGAAAAACUUGAAUAUCUCGUCGAUUGACAAACAGCGUUUGAUACUGUCCAUCAAAAAACUGAAAGCAGAGGAUCAAGCACUGCAACAACAGCAUCGACAACAGCAAAAGCCUCGAAUAGCCAUCCCCACCUUUCAUCGAACUUCUGACUCAUCAGUAACCACCACUAAUUCAGCGCAUUCGUCGACUGCACCUCUCAUCAAUACCUCUACAUCUACUCUUAAUGCUAAUACUAAUACAACUACAACUACUAACACCACAACGCCAACUACUCCCAUCAACUUUGAUAUCAGUCAGUUUAUACCCAAAAGAACAUCUUCCAGCGACACCAAUGUAUCAAAAAUGCUCGAAAACUUCCAUCCUACCAUCUCUAAAAUAAACACACUUAAUAAUAAACCGAAAAGUCCCCGCAUCAAUGCAACUGAUCCCGAUGUCCUGAUCAAGCUGUUUGGGAAAAGACUACCUGUGCCAAGUCCUAAACCGCAAGAUAGUCGUAUUCAAGUGACAUUGGAUGCAGAUACAUUUGUUCGUUUGUGGAUCAAGCACGACGCUUCUGCUACUGAUAUCAAACGGUCUAUCCUGUACAAAUUGUGUGUGGAUGCAGAUCCUAUUUAUUUUUACUUUUAUCACGAGAAUGGUCGACAAUCUUCGAAACCUUUGGUGGAUGAAGAAUUAGUGUUUAUUUGUACAACAUCCAAUGAUAAUCAAACCAAUCGUAUAUUAGUAGUGCCUCAUUAUGGGUUAAGCUUGGUUCGUCAACAGUUACAUACCAGUGUCCGCUAUAUAUUGUCCUGUCCACAGAGUCCAACAACUUACGGCGGUAUCCAGCUCGUCGAUCCAGAAACACCCAAAGAAGACGCACCUCUGAUUGAUCUCACUCCUGCAUCACCUUCCAAUGCAUUUUGGGCAACUCCGCCAUCAGUAACAUGCUCAGACAACAGACGCCCUUCUGCAACAUCAUUAUGGCAUGUGCCGCCUUCGACGUCAGACAGCAGCCUUGCAAGUGCACUAUGGCCCACAGGAGACCAGCGCCAGGAACUCAGUGAUCCGUCAGCGGUAUCUGUCGACAGAGUGUUUGAGGGCGUCUCAUUGUACGAUCCACCUACACCUAUCCAUGAUGAACCUCAAUCCAACUUUCCGGCGACUGCCACAGCAUCAUCGACCUCACCUGUGGAAUCACCUCCCUCACCUGUUGGAUCAGAUAAACGGCCUGAAUCGCAUAAGAGCGGCGCAAGCUCCUCUACUGCCACUACAACAGCGACUACCACGACCAACAUCACAACACCCAUGAGACAAAAUAGCAGUGAGGAAGACAUGUUUGGAGAGAGACCUACUGUGGAGAGGCUCUAUCGAGACAUCGACAAGUACCUUCCUGGACAUGAUUUGGAUCAAGAAAUUCUUGUAGAUCAACAAUUACAGCAGCAGCAGCAGCAACAACAGCAACAACAGCAGCAAGCACCGGUGGCUACACCUGCUACGCCGCGUCGACUAAACCACCGUCAAUCCGUUCGCGUGGUUGCAAAAGAAGCACAUCGUCGUUGGAAGCAGGCAACCAACAAUGUCAUGGUAGUGAACAACCUCAUGAUGCGUCGCAAGUCUACCAAAAUGUGGGAUCGACCAGUUGAACGAGUGAAGCCUGGCCAAGAAGGCAGCAUCGAGUUACCGCCCGACAGUUCAUCAAUAGGAGUAACGCCCAGCAAGAUGAUUUGGAUGCGAGGUAACCUGAUAGGACGUGGCUCUUUUGGUCGAGUCUAUCAUGCUUAUAAUAUCGCUACUGGAGAGUGGUUUGCAGUGAAGCAAGUAGACGCUGUGGUGACACAGUCAGAUAAACGCAAUGCUGAUCUUCAAGAGGCUUCAGAUGCAUUAUACCGAGAGAUUUUGUUGCUCAAGGACCUGGAUCAUAUCAAUAUUGUGCAGUAUUUGGGCUACAAUCUCAACAAGGAAGAGGGCCAUAUCUACAUCUUUUUAGAGUACGUGCCAGGUGGAAGCAUCUCAAGCUUAUUAUGCGAGUACAAGUUUUUGGACGAACCAUUGACCAAGUUCUUUACGAGACAAAUCUUACAAGGCUUGCACUAUCUACACUCAAAACACAUCUUGCACCGUGAUAUCAAGGGCGGCAACGUGCUCAUCGAUCAGAAUGGUGUUUGCAAGAUUACUGAUUUCGGAUUGUCCAAGAACCAGCAGCAGGACAGCAACGGUGCUUAUGAUGCUCAUUCCAGUCAUACACAAAUGAAAGGCACCCUCUAUUGGAUGGCGCCUGAGGUGCUCACCAACAACUACAGUGCCAAAGUGGAUGUGUGGAGCCUGGGUUGUACAGUGCUGGAGAUGAUUACUGGCGAACAUCCUUGGAUGGAACUGACAACGUUGGCAGCACUGUACCAGAUUGGACUACAUAAUGCACCUGCUAUACCAGAGAAUAUAUCGGAUCAGGCCAAGGAUUUCCUUGGACAAUGUUUGCGAAUUAAACCGGAAGACAGACCCACUGCUACCGAACUGUUGCAACAUCCUUUUGUCCAGAUUGAUCCAACGUUUGACUUUAAAGAGUCUCUCAAACAACAACAAUUGAAAUAA